AAAACACUGCCACGGUUUUCUUCCGAACCGAACGCAUUCCAAGCCCGCCCACGCCCAGGGCGCCACAGCUCGCGCGGCUCCUCUGCUACCUACAGCGACUGUCCUGUCCCAUGGGGCUCUGCGCGUCCGUGUUGCAAUGGACGGCCAAGCGGCGGCGGCAGCGGCAGCGGCAGCGGCAGCAGCAGCAGCCUGAGCCAAGGCGCAGCACGCCGAAGGCCCUAUACGUCGUCAGGAACGGCGCCGGCCAGCCGUCCAGGCCAGAGGCGCUCGUCGUCUACGGCCCACCACACGGCUCUGGCGGCUCGGGGUUACAGUCACAGAAGGCCGGCGACGGCGAGGCGGGGAGCCGGAAGCGCGGGCACGAGUGCUACGACUGCAUGGACGUGCUGGGCAGGAGGCUCCACGCGCCGCCGCCCAGGCUCCCGUGCGGCAGCACCAGAAGCGUCGCGACGGUGGAGCCGGUGGUGACGGCCGGGACGAUGCCGGCGCCGGUGUCCGGGCCCAGGGGCGGCGCCACGGCGGACGGGAAGAAGGCGGCACCGGCGGCAGAGGGGUGCAGGACACCGAUGACGCCACGGAGGACGCCGGUGUGGCAGCGGAGGAUACUGAUGGGGACGCGCUGCGAGCUCCCGCGGUUCAGUGGGGUCAUACUCUAUGACGAGCACGGCCGGCCCCUGCAGAGCAGCUCCCAGAACAGAGCAGGCCACCUGACGAGCAGAGCAAGCAGACACGAAACCAAGGGAAAAAAGAAGGCUGCCAGGACAACCACAACUCUCAGGGAUCUCCUGUAGUCAGUUACCUCUCACAUCACAUGCUAUUGCCUCAUUUACUGGUAGCUAAAAAUCGCGCCUUUGCAAGUGCUCCCAGGCUCCCAGCAAACUACUGCGUUUGGUGUUCCCCUCAUGUAAAGCGUGAACCAUUGAAGGCAUGCAGAUUCAGAUACUGAAGCGUUAAUUUCUAUCCAAAUUACGGUCAGUUGGUCAUCCUAUUCCAAGGCAUUAAUGUUUAUCCAAAGCAUGAGUUGCU